AUGGCAAAGCGCAGUGCCAACCUCUUGGUGGUGGCCCUGGUGGCCUGCGCCCUGUACGUCCUGCUGCCCGGUGAGAGCUUCGUCGCCCCCCAGCCGCUCCGGACCACCGCGUCACAGGAGGCUCCGGGAGCUUUCGCGCAGGCGCCCAGCUUCCAGGCAGUCGGGGGGCAGGGGUGCUUUUCAGGGUUCCCUUUAAGGGGUUCCUCAUGGUUCCUCCAAGGGAUGUAUCAUAGGGUUCCGUUUAAGGGCUCCUUGAAGGGCUACUUUCAGGGCUCCCUUUUAGAAGAUCCGACAAGACAAUAA